AUGGAGACGGCCUCAUUCGCAUUGUGGCACCAUUUGGCUGCUGCCGACCAACAGUCAACUUAUAUUGAUAAGACGUAUGGCGGAACAGAGGAAGACUACCGCAAAGAAGUUCUUAGUUCUGGCACCCUUUAUGUAGGUAAUUUACAACACCAAACGCGCGAGGAGCAAAUGCACGUGAUGUUCUCACAGAUAGGCCGAGUCAAGCGGGCCAUUAUGGGCUUAGAUGCCAACCGCCAUGUUCCUUGUGGCUUUGGCUUUAUUGAGUUCUGGACACCCGGUGAUGCCGUGAUUGCCCGUCGUGAUUUGUCCAAAAAUGUCCUUAAUGACCGACAUGUCUACCUGGACCUUGAUGGAGGCUUUGCUGAGAAUCGUCAGUUUGGCCGUGGAGAGAAAGGGGGACAAAUUAGGGAGGAGGAAGGCCAGAAUCGGCGGAAGAGACGGCGACCGGCUUAA